CACCCUGGGGUACACCAUAUAUAUACUCUCCCCCAAAAAAAUUACCCCUCUAUUUUGGCUUCAAAUUUCUUUCACGUAUCUCACUCAUCCGCUCCAUUCUUCUAAAAGAAUUGCGCCUCCCUCCCUACCAGCCUCUUUCUGUCUUUCACGUUUUCCCCGGAUCGCAUCGACAAGCCUCAAACAGUUCAAAAACUACUGUGAAGGGUCGCUCCUAUACUCCAACCACUCCAUCAUUGAAGACCCAGGUCAUAGACGACGGUCGGCUGAAGGCGGAGGUGUGCGGGUAUUUCAUGGUGCGAACAAGCUUGUCCGGAAUGGCCCAACGGAAGGUGAUUCGGCUUCUGAGAAAAAUGAUGAUGAGGUGCGACAGAUGAAUGACAACGUCCUCAAUGAUUAUAACAUCUGGUGUCUGUGUGUACAGAAGAAUGAAGACAUUCUCAUUGACUUUACCCACAAAUAUUGUAAUAAAUGUAUUAUUUAUAUAGAUUUGUGUAGGUCACCUACAAAAUGUAUGAAAGAUGUAUGUCAAUAUUGUAGUUCAAUAAAUAGAACUAUUUGAUUUUGUAAAGAGAUGGAUACAAUCAACUUGGGCAAGUGUUCAACGUUGUACAAAACAAUACAACCAAUAAUGUACAACAUUAUACAAGAUGAAGCAUUUCACAUUGUUAUUUUAUGAGCUUCA